CGGCAGCCACGACCCCCUCCCCCAGUCCCCGUCCAACAGAAACGCCACUAGUCGGCCGGCACCGCUGCCAAGCGUCCCUCAGCAAGGCGAGCUCGCUGCUCUCAUCUCCGUUUUACAGAGGAGGAGACCGAGGCUGAGGCGGUCACGUUUAUGGACCAGGGCACGGACGGAGCUGAGAGAUGCUAAGCGAACCGAUGCCGGGCCCCGGGCCCGGAAGCCCCCCGAGUCCGGCUGUGGCCCCCCGGCUGCGGCCCGCCCCGGAGGUUUAGAAGACCCGGGGUUAGAGCUCACGAGACCGGCCGAGUUUCGGUCAGAAAGGCGGGGGGCGGGGCCAGGGAUUCCCUCCCCUAGGUGCGUCACCGCACGCACGUCCUAGGGCGGGGCCAGGGCUUCCCCGGGGAGGGACGGCACCGGGAGGGGCGUGGCUUCGGUUAACCCCUCGGUCGCCGCGGUCUGGCCGGAAGGAAGCGGCAGCCGCGGAGGGAGGGAAACCCGGAACCGCGGCGCCCCGGGCCGGCCACACCCCCGGCUUUAAAGGGGCCCCGAGAGGAUCCCGGGCCGGGCCGGCCGGAGCCAGAGCGGCGGCCUUGGGCGGGCAUGAGACGCUGUCCCUGCCGGGCGCCGCCGGCCACGGAGGCGAGGAGGCGGCGGAGCCGAGGCCCGGGGCCCGAGGGGGGCGGGCUGCUCCCGCCGCGGGAUCGGCCGGACGCCGCUGCGGCCUCGGGGGCGCUGGACACCGCCGGGGAUCCCCCGGACCGCGCCGAGGCCCGGGAUGGGCCGCGAGGGACACUAGUCACCGCCGGGCCCCGGCACCAGGGGGACGCCGCUGGGACUGGGCAGCUCAGGGCUGGGUCUCAGGGGCAGCCGGACGCCACCGACGCCCCGCAUCGGCUGGGCAGAGCUCUGGGGACUAUCGGGUCCCGGGAUCAGCCAGACGGGCCCUGGAGACAGCCGGCCGGAGACGGAGAAGGCUCUCCGGGAGGGCCAGAGGACAGAGCGGGCCCUCAGGGACAGCCCCCCGGAGCUCGGGCCUGGGACCUGAAGGCCGGAGAAAGCUCUGAGCCCCGGCAGGAUGGAGGCCCCGGGGAGCCCUCCAGAGACAACCACAGGACGAGGCCAGGGCAGGAGGGCUCCCGGGAUCAGCUAGACAAAGAGGGCCACCCGGUGACACCUGGCAGAGCGGGGCCCUGGGCGUGGAGUGACGGAGACGGUGCCCGGGCCGGGCUGGGCAAAGGCAGCCCCCAGGGGACGCACGGGGAGACGGCUGGCCUUGGGGAACGAGGAGCCACAAAGCUCCAGCAAACGGAAGGGCCUGGCCAGCUCCGCUGCGCUCCGGGGCUGCCCGGGACGGAGAGAGCCGGCCUCCUUGGACAGCUGAGCCCAGGGGAGCCUGGUCCCUGGGGGCUGCGGGACAGACACUACUCAGAAGCACCGUCGGACGCAGCCUUCCCCCAGCUCGGCCCAGAGAGGAGAGCCUCUGGGGCACCCAACAGAGACGCCCUUCGAGACUGGUCCAUCAGAGAUGACCCGGAGGGGGAUCCCCUCGGGGCACAGCUGGAUGGGGCAGAGGGCCUUGCGUCUGGGCCAGCUGGUGAGGAUCUCGCGGGAAGGCUGGAUGUUCAGAUUGCUCCCGGGUGGCGCAAGGGAGACAGAUCAGAGGCCCCUUCACUCCGCUGCUGGAGACGGGCAGACAGUGAGGGAGUCCUGCUGGGGGGCCUGGGUGGUGACAUGGCCCAGGGGCAGUCAGGCUGUCCGGGCACAGAUGGCCCCGUACCCGAGCCGGAGCAUGGGAGUCCUCUGGGGAAGCAGGCCACUGGGGACGGUCCUUUCCCAAAGCCAGAGAGGGCUGGCUUCUGGGGACAGCGGGGUGAAGAUGUCCCCACAGGACCGCCGGACAGAGACAGGGCUAACUCCCAGGGGAGGGCAGAACCACCCAGUGCCCGGGCACGGUCUCCCAGAUGUGGACCCGAGCCACAGCUGGAGCGGCUGGACAGCAAGCCCCUUCUGGGGCAGCCCAGCAGAGACGGCCCCCCACUGGGUGCAGAGCAGGAUGGUCUCUGGGGACCGAGGGACAGAGAUGCUGGCCCCAGAAGGCGGCUGGAUGGGGAAGGCUUGGAUGUGGGGCUCAGAGAUGGCCCCCUAGUAAGGCCAGAGAGCCCUGGGGGUUGUGGACACUUUGGGGAUGGCUUUGAACCCAGGCUGGUCCGAGCUGGGGCCCUGGCUGCUCUGGACGUUGACCACCCCUUGGGGCAGCUGGAGCUGGGGGGCCCUGGCCGGGCCCUGGAAUUCCUUCUGCUUGAAGAGCGGUGCCACACCCUGCUCUCCAGGGGCCCCCAGGGGCCUGUGCCCCGGGUGAUCAUCACCCCCGAGCCUGGGGCUGGACCACAGGGCCUGGAGCAGGAAGCCCCUUGGCCCCAUGCCGUGGGGUCCCCAGCCAGGGGCCCUGGAGGCAGCGGAGGCCUGUCAUCUGCCUCGUCCUUCGAUGAGUCCGAGGAUGACGUGGUCGUCGGCAGCGGAGGCGGCAGCGAUGCUGAGGAGGGUCCCAGGAACGUGUCCUGGAGGAAGCUGAAGUCAGCCGUGCACUAUACACCCUUCGUGGUGUCCUUCCGGAAGCACUAUCCCUGGGUCCAGCUGUCCGGGCACAAGGGCAACUUCCAGGCUGGGGAAGAUGGGCGGAUCCUGAAAAAGUUCUGUGAGAGUGAACAGCGGAGCCUGGAGCAGCUGAUGGAAGAUGCCCUUCGCCCCUUUGUGCCUGCCUAUUUUGGGGUUGUGGAGCAGGACGGAGAAGCCUUCAAUCAGAUGGAGGACCUGCUGGCUGACUUCAGCACACCUUCCAUCAUGGACUGCAAGAUGGGCACCAGGACGUACCUGGAGGAAGAGCUGGCAAAGGCCCGAGAGCGUCCCCGGCCUCGUCGGGACAUGUAUGAAAAGAUGGUGGCUGUGGACCCCAGCGCUCCCACUGCGGAGGAGCACGCCCAGGGUGCCGUCACCAAGCCCCGCUACAUGCAGUGGCGAGAGACCGUGAGCUCCACGGCCACUUUGGGCUUCCGGAUCGAGGGCAUCAAGAAGGCAGACGGCACCUGCAACACCAACUUCAAGAAGACUCAGAGGGCGGAGCAGGUCACCCGGGUCCUGGAGGACUUCGUGAACGGUGACCGCAGCCUCCUGAGGAAGUACGUGGAACGCCUGCAAGAGCUUCGAGGAACCCUGGAAAACUCCCCCUUCUUCCGAACUCAUGAGGUGGUGGGCAGCUCGCUUCUCUUUGUCCAUGACCAGAGCGGUCUGGCCAAGGUCUGGAUGAUCGACUUCGGCAAGACCGUCCCUCUGCCGCCACCCCAGACCCUCAGCCACCGGCUGCCCUGGGAAGAGGGCAACCGGGAGGACGGUUACCUGUGGGGCCUGGACAACGUCAUCGAGCUUCUGGACAGCCUGGCCCGGAGCUGAGCCCGGGGCCCCCAGGCACAACUGACUCGGGGGCCCUUUGUUCUCACCCUGGGAUUUAUUUAUUUUGGGAUAUUAUAGAUGGCAGGGGGUUGGUGUCUGAAAUGAGAAGUCUGUGCCCACUGACCCCUUUGGCUCCAAUUAGGGGGACCCAAGAGGGGGAACACAAAAGGGGCGGGGAGCUGGCUGCUGAGCAUUGCCCCUCCAGGUUUGGUAUCUGGGUACCAUGCCUGCUUGCUGUGCUGUGGGUGACCUGUGGGCAGAGAAGGCCCUCCCUCAGAGGGGCCUUUCACCCCAAUACCAGCACCAGCUUUGGGGGAAGGAGGAGCCUGGCCCCCAACUCACACUGUGACUCCUACUCUUAAUGAAGGUGUCCCCUACUCCUGGCCCUGCCUCAGUCAGGCUUGGGGGAGGGGAGAAGCCUUCUUGGUCCUGUUCUUCCUCCCAGAGGCCUCUGCUUCCUGGCUUGGAUUGGAGGGAAGGAGGCUGAAGGGGGGAUGGCUGUUCUCUGCCCUCUCCAUUUGGUGUGACCACUACUGCCUCUGCCCGGGGCUCUGGGCCGGCUGCUCGGCCCUCAGCCCGGAUCGGGGCCCCAGAGCCCAAGAACCAAAGACUAGACCAUCUGUGCACCUGAGGGUGAGGGAGAAAACCCUGGCCCUUAUUUGUCUUCCUGCUCCCCAAGGAGUCGGGGAGGGGCCUGCAUUUACAACUAGCCCCUCACGGUUUCCUUCUGGAGAAAUGGAAAGUGAUGGAGCUGGGGUUCUAAGCCAGACCCCAACUCCCCAGCACUGUUUUUUCACUACAUGUCGGCUGCCCCCCCAAGUCCUAGCCUUAAUGAAGCUCCUUCCUGGCCUGGGGGGCAGGGGAGGGAGGGAGAACACGGGGUAUGCUCUUUCUACUUAUUUAUAAAGAGGGGUGGGCUGAUGCUGGGAGGGAGGGGAUGGGGCGGGGGCCUCGGUACUCCCUGAAAUAAAGCCUGGUGACUUUUCCACAAGCUC